GCUAUUCGAGUUUUGUGUCCGGCAAAUUGCCAUACUUACUCAAGGAAUCACAAAUAGACUUGGAAAAUCAUGACAAGAUUUUUUCUUCACACUGGAUAUCGCAAAACGAGAUUGUUUUGGGGACAAAAUGCAACAAGCUUUUGAUUCUUAACAUAGAAACAAAUAAAAGAUUUGAAAUUCCGUUGGUCACCGGCGAAACAAACAAUCAAACGCAAGAGAAUAAUAAUUGUUCCGGGAUUCGAAAUAUUGCGGUCAACCCCUCCAGAACACUUUUGGCUGUUGGAGCGGGCAAUCCUAUCCAAGUGACAAUAUACGAGUUGCCUUCCUUCGAACCGGUUGCCGUGUUCUCGGGUCACAACGAUCUAGUCUUCUCGGUUGCAUGGAUAGAUGAUGAUCAUUUAGUGUCAG